UGCUGGGCGCCUGCGCGGUGGGCUGGCCUGCGCGCGGCGGCGCCAUGGACGACGAGGAAGAGACCUACCGGCUCUGGAAGAUCCGGAAGACCAUCAUGCAGCUGUGCCAUGACCGUGGCUACCUGGUGACCCAGGAUGAGCUGGACCAGACAUUGGAGGAGUUCAAAGCCCAGUUUGGGGAUAAGCCGAGUGAAGGACGGCCGCGCCGCACAGACCUCACCGUGCUGGUGGCACACAAUGAUGACCCCACUGAUCAGAUGUUCGUCUUUUUCCCAGAGGAGCCCAAGGUGGGGAUCAAGACCAUUAAGGUUUACUGCCAGCGCAUGCAAGAGGAGAACAUCACCCGGGCCCUCAUCGUGGUGCAGCAGGGCAUGACACCCUCUGCCAAGCAGUCUCUGGUGGACAUGGCCCCCAAGUACAUCCUGGAGCAGUUCCUGCAGCAGGAAUUGCUCAUCAACAUCACGGAGCACGAGCUGGUCCCAGAGCAUGUGGUCAUGACCAAGGAGGAGGUGACUGAGCUGCUGGCCCGGUACAAACUCCGGGAGAACCAACUGCCCAGGAUCCAGGCAGGGGACCCUGUGGCCCGCUACUUUGGGAUAAAGCGAGGGCAGGUGGUGAAGAUCAUCCGGCCCAGUGAGACUGCGGGCAGGUACAUCACUUACCGGCUGGUGCAGUAGCCACGCAGCAGGUGCCUGACUCAUUGAGGCCCUGCUCCUCGGUGCCCAGACCCCAGAGAUGGCAUGGGUGUAUGUGACCACCGUCAGGGACACCCACCUACCUGCAGGGACCUGCCCUCCUGCGUUCUGGAGGGCAGCAGUCUCUGCUUUACUUUAUCUUCCUGGGGCGAGGACUCCUCUCAUGGCCCGGCCGGCUCUGGCUGUGCCCCUGUGUGCUCUGGGCCCCAUCUCCACCUGACACCUCCUGACUUCACCGAGGGCAAGGCUACGCCAGCUCCUUGGCAGGUUUCCUCUGUCAGAAUGCUGUACGGCCUAAAAAUAAAGGAUAUUUUAAGUAAA